GUCAUUCCGCAACGGCCUCUCCAAGAAAAAAACGAAGAAGAAAAAAGCAAACCAAGUCCUUCCGCUAGAGCUACGGCGGUAGCAGUUUCACCUAGCACAUCGUCGUGCUGAAGAACUGUCCUAAUUCUUUUUGACUCGGGCCUGUUUACACAUGCUCCCCCAAGUCUACUAGAACUUCCCUUUUUGGCCACAACAUCUGUGCACCUUGCCCGUUGGAUUCCCACACCACGAACUAGGUCAUCCAUCCUACCCCAUCCGCAUACAGAGAGGGUCCCGGCACUUGCGUUUCUACAAAAGAACACCAUCACCCUCACCCCAUUCGACGUUGCAGCACUCGUCUUAUUCCUAACCCAUCUCUUGAUCAACACCAAAGUGCCAGGUUGCUGUCAACUUUUGGUCCUCCCUUUCACUUCUUGUUUUUCUUUUAUUUGCGUGAAAUACGGAUAGACUUCACUCUCUCGUGACCGACCUCGUCCACCAUUUGGCACUCGCAACAUCUUAAAUCUUUAGCGUCCUCGACAAACUGCAGGAAGACAUUCGCUUCUUGCUAUAACGCAACACCAGCAGUGGUCAGGAGGUACUCAGCAUCGACUCGACCGCCAUUACGCAUUCCCGCCGCCUCGGUUCAUUGACCGACACUAGGGCUGAACCAUUCGACGCUGUUCAUAAUCCUGUCAGCUGGAGGCCAACGCCAGCUACAUUUUAUCAUUCGCCGCCGGACGCGUUACUAGUUGGGACACAAACCCCCACACAACCUUUCGUUAACAACAAGCUGCCUUCUUUUUAAACUAUUUGUAACUGAGCUGGCGCUGCUACUCCGUCAACUUCCACUCGAAUAGGGCAUGGAAUAUACCUUGCCAAACCACCGUUACUCUCACAGCAACAUCGGUCAACGAAGCAAUUCACCCACAAUGUCCACACUCGCGAUGGCUGCACCAUCCCCGCAUGCUCCUUUCAAGAAGGAGUACUUCUCCAACUGGGACGACCGCCGGCAAGCGGAUUAUGCUCCUUCCAGGCCAAGGAGUGAUCCCGAGAGGAUAGCGCUACCCUCGAUUCGCCAGGCUUUCCCCGAUCUCCUUCGCCUCCGUGUUAUCCCCCAAGAUGGCCAAACCAGCACACCAUCCUCCACCACAUCACCGAUAUCAGGACCACCUGGCACCCUGACACCACCCGAAUAUGUUCACUCCCCGACCAGCCAGAACAAGCGCAGGAGGUUAUCGUUCGGUGACGACCAGGAGGAAAGGGUCAGCCAGGUUCCAAGGCUCUACACCAGCCAGUCCCAGGCAUACCAACGACGUGACAACCGUCCUCUUUCUCCAGUCACCCUAAGUGGCGGGCCCCGUUCUAGCACCUCCGAUAGCUGGGCUGGAUCCUCCCGAACGAGCCCGUUCCUUCCUGGUACCAGCACUUCGACCUUGAGAUCACCGGCUGCUAUUGAGCAAAACGACCCAAUGGACAGGCAGCGCCCGACGCUACCAAGCCUUCCUCAUCUGAACUUCGACAGGUCACCAAUGGAAUCCCAGUCUCACAUGCACCACCACCAUCAACAGCACCCUCACCAGCAGCAGCAGCAGCAGCACAGCCACCACGUGAGGGCAAUGUCUGGGGACGAGUACAUGAUGGAGCAGCACCGCGGAAUGGUCCAGCAGCACCCACACUCUGCCGUAGAGCCUGGAUACCGUCAGCCCGCACCAAGCGGCUACCCAUACCCGUAUCAUCACCCCUCGCGGAGCCAGUCCCUUUCAAUCGGUGCCAUGCCCCCGAUGGAUCGCAUGCCAUUUUCGCCUUCUGGCUACAGCGCCUACCACGGCGACUACAUGAGGAUGGGUGACAUGGGUGGCAUGGGCUUCAAUGGAGACAACAAGCAACGCAAGCGCAGAGGCAACCUGCCUAAGGAGACAACCGACAAGCUUCGCGCUUGGUUCUUGGCACACCUCUCACACCCGUACCCAACUGAGGACGAGAAGCAGGAGCUGAUGAGGCAGACCGGCCUUCAGAUGAACCAAAUCUCCAACUGGUUCAUCAACGCUCGAAGACGCCAGCUCCCAGCCAUGAUCAACAACGCCCGCGCCGAGUCAGAUGCUCUUGCCCAAGGGCGCGGCCUCUCGGACGGCUCCAAGAUUCUCCUCUCAACUGAGCGGUCAGACUACGACAGCGAUAAGAGGGGUAGCCCUAUCAGCGACGAUGGCGCCAGCCACCUUUAUCACGAUGACAUGCACAGACGUGCCGUUGGCAUGAAGCGUGGCAGCGUCUAAACACGCUACUAUCACACUCUUUUUUUUUCUUUUUUUUUACACAUCCCUUUUUUAUAGCUCCUUCCACUGUACGAACAUAUCUUGUUGGGAAUACUGCUGUUUUUUAUUUAGUAUGUUUAUGUCUGCCGAUUCACAAGUACGGAUGGAUUUCUUCUUUUCUCGACAUGUAUUAUUUCGUAUAUACCACUUGCAAUGGGGGGAUGGGCUCUGACAUUUGACACGACAUUUUCCUUUACUCAUAUUUGCUUUUUGAUUACCCCCCAACUGUACAAAUUUUUAGACACCUGGCACAUGGAGUUUUUUUUUAUUACUACCUGGAAGAGAGAAAGACAGCGGCACGGAAGAAAAAAAGGAGUUUUUCUUAUCGGAACAGGCCAACAGGGCACGAAGCAUUCAGCGGGCAUGAAGGAACUGGAACUGGUCUAGAAGGAGGAAAACACCUUAGGUAGUCUCACCCGCCCACAUCCCUUGCAAUCGAAUAGCGAUGCUCGGUCAGACGAGCGGGGGAGAGGACACAAUGAGAAAAAGGAACAUUUCCA